AUGGAGGAAAAUAAAUUGAUGCCGCGGGAGAAGCGCAUCUAUUGCCUCAUUGGAUUGGGAAUAUUUUGCGCGGUGCUGCUCACUGUUCUCAUCUCCGUCCCCAUCGCACUGUAUCAGGCCAGGCACCAGCGCAUGCGGAACGCACGCUGGCGGGCGGAGUCGUAUGAGGCGGAUCAGUGGGUCUUAUUGUUUAGUAGGUCCCUGGGGGACGCCCUUUCCACGGGCGACGCGCACAAGGGACUCGUCAUGGGCUCCAUGAAAGUCCUGCCGCCGUUUAACGCCUCGGUGGAGGAACGCAUCAAGAACCAGUCAUUCGCGGGCUUCCACUUGGCGGCCUCCUACCUGAACUCCUCGCGGCACCUGGCGUUGCAGGCCCUCGCGCCAGGGGGGGUGGCGCUGCACCUCUUCCCGGACAUCGACUCCCUCCGGCUGAGGGACUUUCUGAACGACGACAGCAUGGGCUCGCCCACGCCCAUCCAGACGGUGGACACUGCGCGGACUGCCAUUUUGGGUCCACUGCACCGCGCCAUUUCGUGUCUUAAUGUGACCUGGCAGGUGGUUGUGCGUGACCCCAUCUACAACGCCACAACCGUUGCGGAGGAGUCGCGAAAGAAUUUCUGGGGCUUCUCCAUCGCCGUGCUGAACCUGGACGCCGUGAUGGAUCAAAACAUACAUGAAAGGGAGUUGGCGGCAAAAAAAAUGGGAUACCUCAUCUACCUCGUUGAAGACUCGAACCGCAUCAUCCCCAUCCGCUAUUACGAGGCGAAAAACCUCACAGAGGCGGAGUUGCAUAACUUUAUUGCAACCGGAACAAGUAGGCCACUGUGGGAUAAAGAGCGUCCCUUCUAUGUCUGCUUGCGUGGAAUUCACCCGGACGCCAACCCCACAAAGACGGCUGUUGCCCUCAUUGUUGUAAUCGCCGUGUUUCUUUCUAUCCUCGUAUUUAUGGUCGGUGCCUGCGUCGUGUUAAUUUGUCUGAAAGAAUAUGACGGGGUUGCCCAUGCUCCCAAGGCGGCUCCUUUCGCAUUGGCCAUUAUUGGACUCUGUAAUGCGGAGCAGUUGUGGGAGUUGGCGCCCGAUCGUAUGGUGGGGGUUUCUGAGCGAUUGGCCGUGCUGCAGAAGCGACACAUUAUUCGCUAUAACGUCUACGAGGCAAUGCAGUUACACCCGUACAGUACCACCGUGGCGGCACGCUCGAUAGGCGCCGCCGUGCGGAUGUGCUUCUCCCUUAUUGAGGAGUUGCAGUCCCAACCGAUUGAUGAGCCGCUUCGGGAACUGUUGGGCGAGGAUGGAGGUCUCUCCCUCGCCUGCGCGGUGCACUGGUGCACGGACGCCACGGUGCGGGCGCAGAGCGGCAGCGACACUGUUCGUUACGAGGGGCCGGACGUGGUCUACUGCGGUCGGAUGUGGGUGUUUGCAGCGCCAAACAAGGUUUCCAUCAGCCGUGCCGCGCGGGAGGCGGCGGCGCAGAUGGAGGGCGUCAGCGUCUCCCCGCUUGCGAGUGUCUUCCUGCGCGGGGUGGAGGAGCGGCAGGACCUCUUUACCAUCACCAACCCGCAGAGCAAGCGACUCGCGGAGGCGUCCAGGUGCGCCAGGCGACGGCGCGGCCCCAAUCGGCCCCGCCGCUCCAACACCACCGAGUUGAGCUCGGACGGCAACCCGCUGUCGCUUGGCAGGGAGGCGUUCGCCAGCAGCAGCGUCUGCCCCGCCGGCGCUCACGAGGUGCGGGGGGCGGCGGCGUCCAACGCCUCUCCCACGCACUUCAGCAGGGAGGUCCCUGAAGCGCGCGGGGUGCGGGGCGGCAACGCCGUCCCUGCCUGCGGCGGUGCUCCCUCCGAGCGAGGCGCCACGGAGGCAAAGCGCGGACACAACAAACGCUCCAGCCAGUGCCACGGGUUUACGACACUCGUUGAAUUGGUUCCAACCGAUGGUAUUUGCCUCGGCGAUGCAGCGGGUGCUGAGGAGGUCGCAACCCCACUAAGUUUACCCUUGCGGUUUGAGUUGUCCCGGGCUCCGGCGGAGGAGGGCCACGCGCGAGUGCACGCAGCUGCGGCGGAGGAGGAGCAACAGGGGCGGAUAAUGCGAAAAGGCGACGGGCACGGCCCCAUAACGCGCAGCAACGUUGCCUCCUGGGGCGCCAGGAGGUUCCGGCCAGAGGAUAAAAACUCUCUAGGCAGUAGUCUCUCCUGCAGCGACGGGUACCACCUUGAGGAUCCGCACGAGGGCGACAUUGUCACGGAGGCACUGCGGCGCCCAACGAUUCCCACCUUUGUUGACGCCCACCUUCGCGCCGUGUUUGAGCAGCAGUCUGUGAUUUUGGACUUUAACUACAACUCGGUCCGCACAGUCGUCUUCUACUUUUAUUCCGCGUUUAAGCUGCUGCUGAAGCCUCUCGCCGCACCUGAGCGCAACAACAUCUUUCGCCGCCUCGUCACCGCCUUUGGGAUACCCAACGAAAACAUCCUGGAGCACCUCGCGGUGCGGUGCGUGCUGCGCUACAUUCGGCAGUCGGACGAGGCGCGCUCAAUGCUCUGGAACUGCGAACAGCAGAUGCGGCUGCGCUUCUUGGCGGACGGAGCCGGGGCAUCGUUAGCGAUGGUCGACGACAGCAGCAGCGCGAAUACGAUGAGCGACGAGUCAUUCGCGGGGUCGUCGACGACCCCGCAUCCCGGCUAG